ACUUGUCGUCCUGGAGGCCAUUCUCGACGUUCCCCAUCUUCACCUUGCCACGAACCCUCCUAUUCUAUUACUCUCCCUCCCUCUCUCCAGCCUUCCUCCUCUUCGUCUCUUCCUUCGUCCUCAUCUUCAUCAGCCGCUGCCUCAGCCUCACUAGUCAGGACUUCUCUUAAAUCAGUGCGACAUACCGAUGUGAUUCAGGGCGCCUCUGCCUCGACAUCUAAACAGCAAAUGAGACAGGCUAACUCUGAUUGUGCCGUUUUAAGACAUAUGCCUGUCGAAAUGUUGGGUAAUUAA